AUGGAAUUUGUAAGCUUAGCGCUGACUUUUGUUGCCCUGUGCUUGAACUCAACGGCUGCCAACACGAUUUUAGAUAACAUUUUUCAAUUGGGACUCGCGAAUGUCAUUGAACAAUUCAAUACGCCAACACCCCAACACAAUGCCGCUUACGACUUUAUAAUAGUGGGUGGUGGCGCCGCUGGCUGCACGCUAGCCAACAGGCUCUCGGAGAAUCCGAACUGGUCGGUGGUUUUACUUGAGGCAGGCGGCGUCGAGAACAUUGCACAUCGUAUUCCCAUAACGGCAGGUUUUCUGCAAGGCACACACUCAAAUUGGGGCUACAAAUCGGUUCCACAGAAACUCGCUUGCUUCGGCAUGAACAACAACGAGUGUGCAUUGCCACGUGGCAAGAUUUUGGGCGGCACAAGUUCCAUCAAUUAUAUGAUCUAUAAUCGCGGUAACAGACGCGAUUAUGACGGCUGGGCAGCUGCAGGCAGUAAAGGCUGGUCAUAUGACGAGGUGUUACCGUAUUUUCUCAAAUCGGAGAAUGCACAGUUGUCCGGCUUGGAAUGGUCGCCCUACCACAAUCAUUCGGGCCCAUUGAAUGUUGAAGAUGUCGGUUAUCGCACACAGUUUUCGCACGCCUUUGUGCGUGGUGCACAACAAGCCGGACAUCCAUACACCGAUUAUAAUGGCGAAUCGCAAGUGGGCGUGUCAUAUGUGCAGGCGACAACACAGAAUGGACGGCGACACAGCGCAUAUCGUGCUUUCAUCAGACCAGUGCGACGUGUGCGUCGGAAUUUGAGUAUUUUUACUUUCGCUCAGGUUUUGCGUGUGCUCGUGGAUCCACAGACGAAGGUGGCGUAUGGCGUGGAGUUUCUGCAUCAGAAAAAACAGUACAUUUUCAAAGCGCACAAGGAAGUUAUAUUGUCCGCGGGCGCCUUUAACUCGCCGCAACUUCUGAUGUUGUCCGGCAUAGGACCUGCGGAUAAUCUAAACGCUAUUGGCAUUCCCGUGAUACAAGAACUGCCUGUAGGCAAGCGCAUGUAUGAUCACAUGUCGCACAUAGGUCCUGUGUUUCUUACCAACACGACCGGACAAACGACAUAUCCGACCAGCAUUACAUUAAGCGAUAUCAAACGUUUCUUCUUAUUCGGCGAUCGAAACACGCGUCUCUCAAGCAUUGGCGGUGUGGAAUGUCUGGCUUUCGUUAAAAUACCCAGUUCACAAAGACCAUCCGAUUGGCCUGAUGUGGAGCUGAUCACAGUAUUAGGUGGCAUGGCUUCCGACGAUGGUACAGGACUUAAGGAAGGCGGCAACAUACGUCAAGAUCUUUACGAUCAACUCUAUUUGCCACUACAACUCGCACGCCAAGAACAUUUUACCGUGCUCAUCAUGGACUUUCAUCCGCGUUCAGUGGGACGGUUGUGGUUACACAAUCGCGAUCCCCUAAGGUGGCCAAUCAUCGAUCCGAAGUACUUUUCCAACGAAGAAGAUAUCGAACAUCUUUUGGAAGGUAUCAAGGCCGCCAUACGCAUAGGCGAAACACCGGCUAUGAAGCGUAUUGGCGCGCGUUUGUAUGACAAACCGGUGCCCGGUUGUGAAAAUUACCUUUUUGGCAGUGACGACUAUUGGCGUUGUUCUAUACGCACUUUGUCAUAUACGCUGCAUCAUCAGGUGGCCACCUGCCGCAUGGGUUCACCAACGGAUGAUACUACAGUUGUGGAUCCGCAGUUAAAGGUGCAUGGCAUACGAAAAUUACGCAUCGUGGACACGAGCAUCAUACCCUUCCCGCCAACGGCACAUACGAAUGCGCCGGCGUUUAUGAUUGGCGAGAAGGCGGCAGAUUUAAUACGCGCUGAGUGGGAAGCUAAUUUCUGGUUGCAAAACUGAGAUGUUCAAAUGCGCAAAACAGUUUGGGGAUUUGACAAAUAUGAGUUUAUAAAGGUGCACGAAAUGAAAGAUGAAGAUAAAGUGUUAAAAGUCAUUUGUAUGUUUUAAUUAAUAUUUAAAGCAACUUGAGGUGUUGAAUGGAAAAUAACCUGUUCGGUAAGAAUUUUAUUAUGACAAAUAAUUGCUGUUUUUUUUUCAUGUUUAGAAUAAUAAAUUCACGCAUAAAAGGAAAAAAUUGCAAAGAGUGAGUAACCGACAAAUGUCGACAAAUGAAGAUUGUGAAAGGAACCCACAAUGGUUCGUAAUGAAAAAUAAUGUAUUAAAAUUAAAUUAGCUCAUUAAUUUGUACAAAGCAAGAAAUGUAAUUAGAUUUUGUUUUUGCAAAAUCCAGAGAGAACAAAACUUAAGUUCACCAAAAAACGUUCAUUAAAAUUAUUCUAUGUUAAGUUGUUGUUAAGAGAAGUUUCGAGUAGUAUCUAGAUUUAAGAACAUUUUAAUUACACCGAAUAUAUGUAUGUCUAUGAGUACAUACCGUUUUUUUUUUGUUUUUUGAAGAAUAUCAUCAUCAAAAAAUAAACGAGAAAAAGUGUUAACUUCGGUUACACUAAAGCUAUAACACCCUUCACGAAUAAUCUUUACAAGAACUGUGA